GGCAGGAGGGAGACAGGGAGGUGGGCAGGUGUGGCAGUGCCAGGACAAUGGGGACCCCAGGUUGGUGCUGGGGGAAAAGUCUGAGGUCUGUGAGCCACCAUGUCCCAGCAUAGCCCAAGGGAGAAGACAGGAUCUGCAGGGAAUGGUGCUGUGUUGGGCUGCUCCCAGCAGCAAGGGAGACAGAUGUGUGUGGGCUCCCUGCGCUGUCCCCAGGGAAUCUGGAGUCCAGUUUGAUGCUGGAAUGGGGUAACAUGGAUCUGGGAUGACAUGAAGCUCUGGGGAGGUAGAAUGGAGCUGGGUCCCCUCUAACAGCCUCGUCCCUGCAGUGGGAACCCCUAUGCAGGGCUGGUGAGCCACCUGCGGGCAUCCUGGCUCUCUGGGAAGACGCGGCCCAUGGAAUACCGUGUGGCACAGCUGGAGGCUCUGGGACGCUUCCUGGAUGACAAGAAGCAGGAGAUCCUGGAAGCCACUGAAUUGGAUAUGGGCAAGCCAUCCUUCGAGGCUUUCUUCAGCGAGAUCCUCCUCUGCAAGAAUGAGCUCAAUGUCACCCUCAACAACCUGUCCCACUGGAUGAAGGACGAGUAUGUGGACAAGAACCUGGUGAUGCAGCUGGACUCUGCCUUCAUCCGCAAGGACCCUUACGGGGUGGUGCUCAUCAUAGCACCCUGGAAUUACCCCAUCCAUCUCUUCCUGGUGCCCCUCAUUGGGGCCAUCGCUGCCGGGAACUGUGCCAUCAUCAAACCCUCAGAGAUCUCCAAGAACACAGAGAGGCUUGUUGCUGAGACACUGAGCUGUUACCUGGACAAUGACUGCUUUGCUGUGGUGACUGGCGGCGUGCCGGAGACCACCAGGCUGCUGGAGAACAAGUUUGACUACAUCUUCUUCACUGGCAGUCCCCCGGUGGGGCGGAUCGUGAUGACAGCUGCUGCCAAGCACCUGACACCGCUGACGCUGGAGCUGGGGGGCAAGAACCCCUGCUAUGUGUCCGACACCUGCGAUGUGACCAACGUGGCGCGGCGCGUGGCCUGGGGCCGCUUCUUCAACGCGGGCCAGACCUGCAUCGCGCCCGACUACCUGCUCUGCACCUUGGAGAUGCAGGAGAAGCUCAUGCCCGCCUUGCGUGAGGCCAUCACCGAAUAUUUUGGCCCCAACCCCCGAGAAUCCCCGGAUUUUGGCCGCAUUGUCAGUGACAAGCAUUUCCAGCGCCUGCGGGCGCUGCUGGGCAGCGGGCGCGUGGCCAUCGGGGGACAGACGGAUGAGGCCGAGCGCUACAUCGCUCCCACGGUGCUGGCAGAUGUGCUGCCCUCGGACCCUGCCAUGCAGGAGGAGGUCUUCGGGCCCAUCCUGCCCAUCGUCGUCAUCGCCAACAUGGAUGAAGCCAUUGACUUCAUCAAUGCACGGCCGCGGCCAUUGGCUGUCUACGCCUUCUCCUGCGACAGCAAGAUAGUGAACCAGGUCCUGGAGCGGACGAGCAGCGGUGGCUUCUGUGGCAAUGAUACCCUGAUGCACUUUUCAAUGACCUCUCUGCCCUUCGGAGGUAUUGGGAACACCGGCCUGGGAAAAUACCACGGGAAGUUCACCUUUGACACCUUCUCCCACCACCGGGGCUGCCUGCACCGGAGCAUGGGGCUGGAGACGCUCAACACCCCGCGCUACCCGCCCUACACCCAGCAGAAGUUGGGGCUCCUCACGACCACCUUCGAGGUGAAGCGCAGGGGCACCUGCACCCUGCUCUGAGGCUGCCGUGCCCUGCUCUGAAGAUGCCACGGAGUCAGUGGGAAGGACUGGGACUGUUCUGCUCUCCCUCUUCAUCACGCUCCCCACUUCCUCACCGUGUCCUUUGCCUCGCUGGAGCAUGUCAGACAGCCGGGAUGAACAUCCUCUCCUGCACCCUUGUGGCCUCUGCUCCAAACCGUUUUCCAGGACACAGCUGAAAUGACCAAAAUAUUUUUCUUAGUUCAAACUUUUCUUCCUGGUGGAGAAGCGCUCCCAUCAGUCCCAUCUCCCCUCACACGGACUUUUCCUUUGGAAUGAGCCUCUCCUUCCCCUGUUGCUCUUUGCUCUGUGUAACUCUGCCCGUAGUAAAGACUUUGCAUCAAACUCUCUCCCAGCCUCUCUUUGUCCCUCCCUCCUCUGGUUUGGGGGGUGCUGGGAGGGGUUGGG